CAGAGGCUAAAAGGCAUUUGACAGUCAAACGACUUGUGUGGCAGAUAACGAGACUUGGCAACGUCGCUGCACUAAGAUACUUGUACGCGCGUAAAAAACAAGACAAGUAUGGCGAGCUCUGUGAAUGUGCCAGAAAUCCCCCAAGAUCAGGGAUUCAUAAGCUUCUACGGUAACCUUCCAGAGAAACAUGCCACCACACUUCGUUUCUUUGACAGAGGGGACUACUUUACCUUGCAUGGCCAAGAUGCUCUUUUGGCAUCCAGAGAUUAUUUCAAAACACACAGUGUAGUGAAAAUGCUGGGCUAUGGAGCGAAGAAAUUGGAAUCUGUUGUUCUCAACAGAAGCCACUUUGAAAACUUUGCCCGUGAAGUAUUGCUUGUCAAACACUACUGCAUCGAAAUUUAUACAGGAUCCAAAAGCGAUUGGUCUCUACAAUAUCAAGCAUCUCCUGGAAACCUUACCCAAGUGGAAGAUCUGAUUUUCGGAUCUACUGAUAUUACAUCUCAAGUUGGUAUUCUGGCUUUCAAAAUUGGCCAAGAAAAUCAAGUAGGAUGUUGUUAUGUGGAUACAAAUGAGAGAAAGUUUCUUGUGGCACAGUUUGCAGACAAUGAUUCCUUUUCAAACUUGGAAUCUCUCAUUGUUCAACUUAGUCCAAAGGAAGUUCUAAUCCCACCUGGUGAUGCUUAUGUACCAGCAAAGGUGGUACUGAAUCGCCAUGGCCUUCUAGUGAAUGAGAGCAAAAAAGCUGAAUUUUCAUCGGCUGAAACAGUUCGAUUGCUAAAUCGUCUUCUACGGUUCAAGAAGGGGCAACAGGAAAGCGCUGCUGCUCUGCCUGAAGUUGACUUGGAACAUUCUAUGGCUGCUCUAGCUGCCUUAGUGAAACAUCUCGACUUAAUGGCCGAUGAAACCAAUUUUGGGCAGUAUACUCUACUUAGUUUUGACCUUACUCAGUACAUGAGGCUUGAUUCGGCUGCAUCCGCUGCGUUGCACCUAACAUCUUACGGUUCCGAGUCGUCCAUAAUGCUGACUGCAAAAUCUGGAGCUCCUCGUACAAUUGCUGCCCUGCUCAACAAAUGCCGCACUUCUGGUGGGCAGCGACUCCUGGCUCAAUGGAUUAAACAACCACUUACCGACAAAAACAGGAUUGAUAGGCGACUGGAUAUCGUGGAAACGUUUGUCAACAACGUCCAAUUACGACAGACUAUAACAGAGGACCACCUGCGGCGGAUGCCUGACUACCAAAGACUGGCUAAAAAGUUGCAAAAAGCCAGAGCUAACCUGCAGGAUCUGUUCAGGUUGUACUUGGGAUUGGUGCGAUUACCGGUACUAGUUGAUUGCUUACUUGAGCACGAAGGAGAGCACAGCGCUGUUAUUCUGGCUGUGCUUAUUCAACCAUUAAGAAAUGCGAAUGAAAAGCUCGUCAAAUUGAAAGAGUUGGUUGAAACGACCAUUGAUUUGCAGCAAGCUGAUCAAGGCGAAUUCAUCAUCAAAGCUGAUUUUGACGAUCAACUAGGAGAGCUCAAAAAAGAAUUGGAUGAAAGCGGAUCGAAGGCUGAAGGUAUCUUGUCUCGAGUGGCAUCUGAUCUCAAACUUGAAACGUCCAAAAGCGUCAAAUUGGAGAGUAACGCGCAGAUUGGCUAUUACUUUCGAGUCACCUUGAAGGAUGAAAAGAAUCUUCGCAACAAUCGCAAUUACCAUACAAUCGACACUAAUAAAAGCGGAGUUCGUUUCCGCAAUGCAGCGUUGGAGGAAGUCAAUGAAGUCUAUUUGAAAGUCCGCCGUGAUUAUGAACAACAACAAAGUUCAGUUGUCAAAGAAAUCUUAUCCGUCGCUGCGGGGUACGUUGAACCUCUGCAGUCCUUGAACGACGCCUUAUCCCAACUUGAUGUACUUACCAGCUUCGCUGUUUGUUCAAUCAGCGCACCUAUUCCUUAUGUUCGACCUAACAUCUUGGAAAAAGGCUCCGGAAACAUUGAACUUAUUCAAGUGAGACAUCCAUGCAUGGAAUUACAAGACGGAGUAAAUUUCAUUCCUAAUGAUGCCAUCUUUCAUAAAGACGGCCAUCGUUUUUACAUAAUCACUGGACCGAAUAUGGGAGGAAAAAGUACUUACCUGCGUUCUGUCGGCGUAGCUGUCCUGAUGGCACAGGUCGGGUGUUUUGUGGCAGCUUCCUCUGCUACGAUAUCGAUCGUGGACGCCAUUUUGGCACGUGUUGGAGCUGGUGAUUGCCAUCUCAAAGGCGUUUCAACUUUCAUGGCCGAAAUGAUCGAGACUGCUAACAUCAUUCGGACAGCAACAAAAGAUUCUCUUGUCAUAAUUGAUGAAUUGGGUAGAGGAACUUCUACCUUUGAUGGCUUUGGAUUGGCUUGGGCGAUUGCAGAGCAUAUUGCCGUGAAUAUCCAGCCAUGUGCAUUGUUUGCAACUCAUUUCCAUGAACUCACGGCUUUAGCAGAUGAAGUGCCAUCAGUAGACAAUCUUCACGUUACGGCGCUGACGGGCGACAAUACAUUCACAUUAUUGUAUCGCAUCCAGCCAGGCUCGUGUGACCAAAGUUUCGGACUGCAUGUGGCCGAAAUGGUCCAUUUCCCUCAGGAAGUUUUGCAGACGGCCCAAAUGAAGGCGAAAGAGCUAGAGGCAAUAAAGCCCAAUUAUAAUGGAAAUGGUUGUGAUGAACCAACAUCGAAACGUCGCCGACCUGAUAUUGGGGAAAGUGAUACAAUGAUGCGAAAAUAUUUAGAACGUGCGAAGACUAUUAUGGAAAAAAAGAACGAUGUGAAUUGUGAAGAAAUGCAGGAACUGCGCAAAGAAAUAAUGAAUUCUACGGACCCGUUCAUUCGAAAUGUGUUGAAUAUGUAAGUAUCCUGGUGCCUUAACAGGCCCACUUGUCAAUUUUUGCUUCCGGAAACUGAGAAAUUCUCUUGUAAUUACAUUUAUUAACUCGA